UUUUAGGGACGGGAAUUUAAAAAUGGAAGGGAAGCAAAGUGAUUGGGCAUAUUAGCUGGUGCGGUGGCGUUUUCACCCACCGCUUCCGCCGCACCGUUUCCCGGCCAUACUCCCUCCCUCUCUCUAACUUCCCCAAACCCAAAAGCGCUCCUUUUCCCUCUCUCCUCGCCAACUCCGGUAACUAGACAAAGGGAAAAACGAGAGCUUCUUGGCAGAUCUGUGUGGGAUUAGGGUUGUUGCUCCUUUCUGAUCUGCGUGCUUGUUGUCGUCAAUGGAGGUGGACUUCGCUUUGGCUGCGCGAUGUGAACUUGGAGAAGCAGCCGGAGGUGGAAGAUAGGAGGAGAGCGAUCGAAGGGAGGAGUUUUUUUUUUCUUUUGACUUUUCUUUGUGUUUCUGGUGAAUUUUAGUGCCAUUGGAGGGUAGAGGAGGAGAUCGGUGAAGGAGAUGAGUGCUUCGAGGUUUAUUAAGUGCGUCACUGUGGGAGACGGCGCCGUGGGCAAGACCUGCAUGCUUAUCUCCUACACCAGCAACACUUUCCCAACUGAUUAUGUUCCUACAGUUUUUGACAAUUUCAGUGCCAAUGUCGUGGUGGAUGGUAGCACGGUUAACUUAGGUCUGUGGGAUACUGCAGGCCAAGAGGAUUACAAUCGAUUGAGACCUUUGAGCUAUCGUGGUGCUGAUGUUUUCUUGCUUGCCUUCUCUCUCAUUAGCAAAGCCAGCUAUGAAAAUGUUGCAAAGAAGUGGAUACCUGAGCUGAGGCACUAUGCACCUGGUGUGCCGAUAAUUCUUGUUGGAACAAAGCUGGAUCUUCGGGAUGAUAAACAAUUUUUCAUUGAUCACCCAGGAGCUGUUCCUAUAAGUAGUGCUCAGGGCGAGGAACUGCAGAAGCAAAUAGCCGCGGCCGCUUACUUGGAAUGCAGUUCAAAGACUCAGCAAAACGUCAAGGCAGUCUUCGAUGCGGCUAUCAAGAUUGUUCUUCAACCACCCAAGCAAAAGAAGAAGAAGAAGAAGCAACAUAAAAAUUGUUCUAUAUUGUAAGAGUCAACUCAAGUGCACAAAAGCUGGCUUGUGGAUGAUCUGCAACAUGGUACAACAGUCGCAUAUACUUACGAUUAGGGAAUUGUCGUUUGAAUGUAGUUUGGUUGCAGAAACAUGGCGCUGAGUUUAUAGAAUAUGCUAUCAAUCACUUGAAUGUAUUGAGAACUAGAUUGUUUACCUUAAUCUAUGCUAUGUUCCCUCUUA